GCCUUGUGCGAGACUUGCAGUACCAUCACCAACGGCGUCGACAAAACAUCCACUCGAAUAAAACGUUUGCGACUUCUCGGCAGUUCCGUUCCGAACCGAAACCUUCCAGAUACAACAAACUACUGUAACCAAUGAAGCUGAUCUCUGUGUGCUUCCACGUCGUGGUUGUAUCCAGGAUCGGAACCUCGGCGUUCCAAGUCCUUUCGCGAAACACUUGUCGCCGCCAAUAUGCCUCCACUUCCAUUCUAUGCGCCAAAGCAAAGAGCAAGAAAAAGGCCUCGAAGCGGGCCGGAGACUUCUGGGAAGCCCGCAUGGACGUCUGGCGACCGGACGUGAACGACGUCGAACGAAUAAGCUGGGGGAAGCCUGCCAAGAAAAAGGGGACAGGGUCCAGGGGUGUUCCCCACCGCCUCAACCUAGACGAGCGCUUCCUCUUCGACAACGCCCGGAAAAAGGGUUUCCUGGAAACCGAGGGGUCCGGGUGGAGGUCGCAGCGGAGGGAAGCUCCCCUCCUGAAUACCUACCGAUCGCUGUGCGACGCCAGGGGCCAGGCCUCUAUCGUGCUGCACAAGGGAAGCACCGGGGUCGACGAGCUUGUGUGCGACCUCUCGCCCCUGCGGAAUCCCGCGACCUUUGACGAGGUGGCCCAAAAGUGCCUAGAACUCAGGGAGGGGGGAGAGGUCGUCUUUCAGGGCAGCGGCACGGACGAGGUGUCGUCAUCGAGYGAGGAUAGUGAAGACCACGAGGACCUGUCGAUGACGCUCCAAAUCGUCGACGAAGCGACAACAAGCGAAACCASCAGCAGCGGCAACCRAAACAACGRCAGCAACAGCUCAGACGACGAAACGUCGGGACCCUGGGAAACGAGACCGAUCUACCAACUCCCACCGUAUUGUAUAUCGUGGGAACUGCAGCGAAGCGAAGCCAAGGCACUGGGAAAGGCACUCGCCAAGCAUUUUUUAACAAUGGAGGGGAAAAACAAACAAUCCAAAAAGCCGAUUGGUAUCAAGGCCGGCAAGGGCCGGCGGCACGGCGGCUACGGUAUUGGAUAAAGCGACAACGUCCGGUGUACGGUAAAACAUACUGCUGGUUGAGGUACAUAUUCAAGACACACAAACGAAGAGCCAACAGUCAAACUAAAGUGUUCCAUUUUUG